AUGCCGGCGACUAAACGGCUACGCACCGAGCCCAUCGUGCGGGUCCGGACGGGGUGCUGGGCCUGCCGACGGCGCAAGAAGAAGUGCGACGAGGCGAAACCCGUCUGCGGGGGCUGCGUGCGCAACAGGCUGACCUGCCAAUGGCCAUCGAGUGUGCUGGGGGUCCCCAGCGCGACUACGCUUACUGCCUGGACUGCCGCUACGCCCACCACUACAUUCUGCCCCGAGAGCCAUGCGCAACCACGCCCAGAGCAUAUCGCCCGAACGCAGACCCGCGUCAAUUCCAACACCACCUCAGGCUUCACUACCACCGCCUCACAAUCUACCGCUACAGACCCCCCGCCCACUCCAGACCGCACAGCCGCGACAACAGCACUCACAACAGUAGGCCACGCGCUCCCGCGCGCGAUGUCGAUGAUGCCCAACCACGGGCUGGACGCGUACCAGCUGCUGAGCCACUACAUGGCGACGACGGCGGACUGCAUGGCCAACGGGUCGACGCCGAUCAACCCAUUCCUGGUGCAGAUCGUGCCGCUGGCGUUUAGCAGCGACCUGCUGCUGCAGCUGGUGCUGACGCAGAGCGCGGCGCACCGGGCGUUCCGGCGGCUGAACGACUCGGACGAGGUGGCGCAGAGCCACUACACGAAAGCGCUGCAGCUGUUCCGGAAAGGGGUGACUGAGUUCAUCGACGGGCAGGAGUCCAACCCGCUGAUUCUGACGGUGGGGGCGCUGGUGAUGUGCUUCACUGAGACGGCGAAAGGCGACAUGAACGGCACCAUCUUCGACCACCUCUCCGCCGCGCACUCCCUGCUGAUCCGGCUGCUGGGCCACCACCACCACCACGCGGCCGAUGCGGCCAUCCCCAGAGACCUCAGGGAUUUUGUGAUCGAGUACUACACCUACACGGCGGCGGUGAGCAUGAUCUCCAUCGACGCCCGGGUCAGCCAGCAGGUGCUCCUGAACUUCGACCUGGAGCAGAGCGCCCGCCAGCUGCUGGAGGUCGGGUACGUGGGGAAUCUGUGCGGGUGCUGGCUGGAGUUGCUGUUGCUGAUCCCCUGUAUCUUCGACCUCGGGCGGCACUGGAUGAUGCUGCCUCCGACGGAUGAUCCGGAUAGUGGGGAGCAGCCGGCCAUCGUGCCAACGGCCGACGAGAUCGCCAUGUAUGGGUCGCUGCAGGCGCAGAUCAUGCGGUGGGCGCCGCUCGCGUCCGUCUCGCCCGAGGUGUUUCUGGCGGGCCGGAUCUUCCAGCAGGCGAUGCUGCUCUACCUGUACACGGCGCUGGGCGGGCCCCGGCACUUCGCGCGGUCGAAGACGGGGAUGCAUCAGAUGCUGGUCGAGACGGCCAUCGCCGAGGCCAUGUCGUAUCUGACGCAGCUGUCGGCGACCGCCCGCAUCAACUCCGGGCUCUGCUGGCCCAUCGCCGUCGUCGGAUCCUGUCUGUCCCACCCGGACCACCAGGAGAACCUGCGACAGCGGUUGACGACGAUGGUGUCUACGUUCGGGCUGGGGAAUAUGCACCGCACGAAGCUACUCCUCGAGCACAUGUGGCAGAUGCCGCUGGAGGAGGCGGGGCCCUGGAACAUCUGUCGAGCGAUGGAGCAGAAUCAAAUCUGGAUAUCGUUUGCAUAA